AUGGGUAUACAUGAGAUGAAGCCAUCUGUCGUUUUGAACAUUAUUACAAUUCUCACUGUCUCUUCACGACCUCGAUUCGACACGCCCACCGACGACGACGUUUAUGACAGUGUUCCCGUUUUUAUUCCCUCCCUCUCCCUUCCCCUCCAUGAUCAACUGGAGAACAUCAUGACUCUGUUCGACCGUCUCAUCCCCGUUCCCAUCCCGACGUCCACUCAUACGAAGGGUUCUCGAAGCGAGAAACCAAAGAGUAAACCGCCGAAAACUCGAUAUGCACACACCUUCCGAGAUCGUAUCCCCUUCAUCAAGUCCCUUCCAGACUUCAGCGGUCCUUACAAGGUCGGCAUGCUAGACCUAGAAAUCCCCGUACCGAAACGCCAAUUCACGAAGAGGCAAGACAAAUUCGGUAACUGCGCCAUGGAACUCGAAACAGUCCUCUACACAAUCUACUACCCAGCCUCCACAACAGCAGGAUGCGGCCCGCCACCCGGCGGGAAAAAACGGUGGAGUCGGCCGACGUGGUUGAGUAGGGAUAGGGGACAAACGAGUGUUGGGUACGGUCAUUUCUCGAAAUUGUCACCGGUGUUUACGUGGGCUUUCUUUAUGGGGACGGUGGGGCUGACGAAGGUUCCCGCAUGGAGGAAUGCGCCCCUCGCACAACACUGGCCACCCGAACAAAAUUCGAGGCAAGAUCCGAAGGCGAAGAUGAGUGAGGGGGAGGGGGAGGAUAGGCUCCCGCUGUUGCCGUUGUUGUUUUUCUCGCAUGGGUUGGGUGGGACGAGGACGGUUUAUUCGACUAUUUGUGGGGAGUUUGCGAGUUAUGGGUUUGUUGUUGUUGCGGUUGAGCAUCGUGAUGGGUCUGGGCCGAGGACGGUGGUGAAUCCGGUUCCGGGGAGUGGUGGAAAAGCAAGGGUUGUCGAAUAUCUCUACCCCGAGGAUGGUCGAGACGAUACUUCUCCGGAUCAGAAGACAGACCACGAACUCAGGAAUCAGCAGUUGAAAAUGCGCAUGGCCGAACUCGACGAAGUCUGGCACCAAAUCAAUCUCAUCAACGAAGGCCACGGCGCCUCCCUCGCUGCCCGCAACGUCCGCAUAAAGCCCAAUACAGGCUCCUCCUCCCGCUCCACCCUCGACGUCGACUGGACCCGCUGGAAAAGCCGAAUGCAGAUUCGUAACGCGGUAUGUAUGGGACAUAGUUUCGGUGGAGCGACGACAAUUGCGUGUUUGAGGAAUCCGGAUAUGGACUGGUCUAAGUAUGGAAUUAUGUUGGAUCCGUGGGGGGAUGCGAUUCCGAUGGCGCCGAAUCAGGCUGUUGAGACGUUGAAUGCGGAUGAGGAAGAACGACUCCGAACAGCGGAACGGAUCUUUGACGAUAACCACCCCGAUGACUGCGAAGGCGAAGAAGAGAAACAAGGCGGCAAAUCCCGCUUCCACAAAAUCGACAAACCCGUCCUGACAAUCCUAUCCGAAGGCUUCCUCUACUGGGAAGAAAAUUACCAAGCCGUCAGACGCGUCUGUCUCGAAGCCCGUUCCUGCAACAAACAAUCCUACCUCCUCACCGUCCGCGGUUCUUUCCACCUAAACCAAUCUGAUUUCGGACUCCUCUACCCAUGCCUCAUGCACAUCCUCUGCAAAGCCACGAUCGACCCUCGUCGUGCAUUGGAUAUCAACAUCAACGCCUCCCUCGCAUUCCUCAAACGCGUCAUGCCACUCCGCGUCGCACGCUGGCUCCGCUCAGAAGAGGACUCAAUCCUCGACACCCCCGUCGACGAUACGUGGCGCAAGGCGAAAGAGGCGGCACAGAAGCGUAUGCCACGCACCCCGAAGAAUUUGUUUCCGGAGGAGGUUAAUGAGAUUUGGAUGCAUGUGAGGCCGGAGGGGGAGUGUGAGGGGGAGAGGGAGGAGUGGGAAGAGACGGAGGAGGUGGAAAGGGGGAGGAAGAUGCAUAAGAGGGAGGGGACGGUUGGAACGGAUUGGAGUGCGGAGACGGCGUGAUUUUGAACCUGAUUUUGGACGGAUAUUGAACAUUGGGACAAGUGGGUGGGAAUCUGGCGUAUCGUUAAUUCUUAUAUUCGGGCUGGAAGUUAUGU